ACCGUAUGAAUCUAUAUACUGUACAGGGAGUCUAUGUAUGUGUCUAGAUGAUUAAGUCCUGAAGAACAAAAUGGCAAAUCCAGCUCCACUACAUCACUUUCUGUAUUUACAGAGUGAAGUAAAUUAAAUAUAUUACCUAUCUAUUUGACUGGAUAUUUAAAGGAAUGAGUGACAGGCCACUAGCACACAAUAUAGGCUACAGAUUCUCAUGUAAAAACUGAAGAUCAAACCUGCCAGUUCUCAACUAUCAAGGAAAAGCUCAAGUGCCAGAAUUACCAUCACAGAUGUGAAUUGCUCCUCACAAGCUGCAACAGAAUCUAACCAACAACAACAAGGAGGCUCAUCCCUGGGAGACAGAGAAGGAGAGAGAGGGGAGCUGCUUCAUCCUUCCUGGGCACUACAAAAAUAAAUCAGCAACUCUUUAUUAAGCAACACAACAAGGAGCCUGCAAGCAUAGGAUGCCUCUUACAGAGGAAGGAUACUAGGAGCAGAUGCUGAAGUGUGCUACAUCUGGGAAAGGACAAUCUAAUAUCAGAAUCCCUUGGAGUCACCACGUGGGAAUUUACUGCAGAUCAUCGCUACCACCAUGCAGAACAGUCACAGUGGAGUGAAUCAGCUCGGUGGAGUGUUUGUAAACGGUAGACCCUUGCCAGAUUCUACAAGGCAGAAGAUAGUGGAGCUGGCACACAGUGGAGCAAGACCCUGUGAUAUCUCAAGAAUCUUGCAGAGCCAUGCAGAUGCAAAAGUGCCAGUGCUGGAUAGUCAAAACGUGUCCAACGGCUGUGUGAGUAAGAUUUUAGGGAGAUAUUACGAGACUGGAUCCAUCAGACCUAGAGCCAUCGGGGGAAGCAAACCUAGGGUGGCCACUCCUGAGGUGGUCAGCAAAAUAGCCCAGUAUAAAAGAGAGUGCCCCUCCAUCUUUGCCUGGGAGAUACGAGACAGGUUACUGUCUGAAGGAGUCUGCACCAACGAUAACAUCCCUAGUGUAUCAUCAAUAAACAGAGUAUUGCGCAACCUGGCUAGCGAGAAGCAACAGAUGGGCGCAGAUGGCAUGUAUGACAAGCUGAGGAUGCUGAACGGACAGACAGGGACUUGGGGGACCCGGCCUGGUUGGUAUCCGGGUACAUCAGUGCCAGGCCAGCCUACACAAGAUGGAUGCCCACAGCAAGAAGGGGGUGCAGAAAACACCAACUCUAUCAGUUCUAAUGGUGAAGACUCAGACGAAGCACAAAUGAGGCUUCAAUUGAAACGAAAACUUCAAAGGAACAGAACUUCAUUUACCCAGGAACAAAUAGAGGCUCUAGAAAAAGAAUUUGAACGAACCCAUUAUCCUGAUGUGUUUGCCAGAGAAAGAUUAGCUGCCAAAAUAGAUUUGCCAGAAGCAAGGAUACAGGUAUGGUUUUCAAAUCGACGAGCAAAAUGGAGAAGAGAAGAAAAGCUUCGAAACCAGAGACGACAAGCCAGUAACACGCCAAGUCACAUUCCUAUCAGUAGUAGUUUCAGCACUAGUGUCUACCAGCCAAUCCCACAACCAACUACUCCAGUGUCAUCAUUCACAUCAGGUUCUAUGUUGGGGAGAACAGAUACAGCUCUUACAAAUACAUACAGUGCGCUGCCACCUAUGCCUAGCUUCACCAUGGCGAAUAACCUUCCUAUGCAACCCCCUGUACCCAGCCAGACCUCCUCCUACUCAUGCAUGCUGCCCACAAGUCCAUCUGUGAAUGGGCGGAGCUAUGAUACAUACACACCUCCCCACAUGCAGGCACACAUGAACAGCCAAUCAAUGGGCACCUCUGGUACAACUUCUACAGGUCUCAUUUCCCCUGGAGUGUCAGUCCCAGUACAAGUACCCGGCAGUGAACCUGACAUGUCUCAGUACUGGCCAAGACUACAGUAAAAACCGUGUUAAUUUAACCAAUGACUUUAUGGAGAACAGUUGGAUGUUCAGCAGUAUUUUAUAAAAAAAAAACUAAACAAAACUGAGAACUGUCUUGGGAUAUAAUUAAAAAAGACUUCUCUGCACAGCAACUGUGUACCGAAAAUAUUGGGAAGGACUGCACAAACGGACAUUUGCACAUUCAGAGCAUUAUAUCAUUUGGAUCAAAUCUUCAUUUUGAUAUCCAAACUUUUAUCCAUUUGAUGUACUCUUUGUAAACUGACUUUGUUAUGUAAUGACAGACAGAACAACAUAGGCUGGGUGGAAGGAUCUGCUCUCCGAUAAUAGUUUUUGCUUUUUUUUUUUCUUAUAAAUGGAAGCCAUGAUCAAGCCACGAAAGAUUUAUCAACAUUUAUCGACCCCCCCUCCCCAGAGUUUGUCCAAGGACUCUCCACAUUUGUAUCGACAUUCCAGUUGCUGAAAAACGAAACACAGAAAUUCUAUUUAAAAGACCUUCAACAGCCUUAUAAUCCCUCCGCUCAUUGGUAGUCCCUAAAUGUUGACGUUUAAUUCCCAAAAACAAACAAAAAAAAAAAGGAAAAAAGAAAAACUCAAGAGAGACGUUUGGUAGAUGAAAGGUAGAUUAUGUCUUCGAUAUAAUCCAAUUUGUUUUAUGUCAAAAUGUACUUUUUUUUGUCUUCCCUAGAAAUCUCCCAGAAUGAUUUCUAUAAUAAAGUUAAUUUCAUUUAUAUUUGACGAGGAUACUGUAUAGAUGUUUUAUACACAUUUUCAUGCAUCAUAUUUUUUUUUCUUGGUCAGCAGGUCGUUUUAUUGUUCCUAGAUAGAUUGUAUAAAAUGUUCACAGUCCAAUCAUUCUUGUGCAUAUAGAUCAUUCCUUAUACCGAUUAAAAGUGCUUGCAAGAGUUUUCAACUUAAGUGUUUUCAAGUUGUUCACAAGUACAUAUCAAAAUUAACCAUUGUUGAUUGUAAAAAACCAUACCAAAGCCUUUGUAUUUCCUUUGUUAUAUAUUUUUUUUCAUUUAAACCUUUAGCGUGGUGUUGCAAAUUUUUGUUACCGGUAUUGGACGUCAAGUCCGUUUUGUUUUAAUUGUAAUUUAUUUUUAAAUAAAUUAGGGCAACUGAAAGAUUGUGCUGUAAAAA